UGAGCGCACCAGGAAGUCCCGCCGUCAUCUGACUGAGAACGCAGGCGCAACCCAAGCUUCCCGAAAAAAAAAACAACAGUUCAACAUGGCUCCCAAACUCGAACUUCCGAGCGCCGCAGCUCUCGUCUGCCUGCUGCUGCUCUCCCUGGUCGCCCCGGCGGAGGCGUACGACGCGGGCGACGCUCUGGCCCUGCUGCUGGGCACCAUCCUCACCGUGGUGGGCUUCUGCGCCUGCCUCGGCUGGUACGCUCGGAAGCGGAACGGACAGCUGUGAUAAGGAGGAGGGAGGAGGAGGAGGGGGACUCUUCUCACCGUCCCGUCCUGCUGUCACCCCCACCGCAUUAUUAUUACCUCUCGGAUGACCCUGAUAUUAUGCACCUUGGCGGCACAAGGUUUGUGUCGAGGCGACCGAUAUGAGACGUGCCUUACAAAGGGAGGAGGAGGAGGAGGGGGCUGAUAAUGCGCAGCGGGAAGCACGUGGACAGGAAACAUCCAGGAAGUCCAGAACCAGGAACUGUUACUCGUUUGCACUGCUGAAGAAUCAAGAGACCAAACACAGCUUGGCUUCUGUAUGGAAAAGCCUGCUUGCAUUUAUUAUUCUUUUUAACUUUUGUUGUGCAUAUCUUGCAUAGUUUUGAAGCGAUCACUGUGAUUCCCCUCUGUGUUGUCAUGUGCGCCUGCAGCGCAGCAUCGCCACUGUUUGAAGCACAAUAAUCUCAAGAAGUGUGGUGGCUGAUGGGACACGAGCGGAGCUGUCGUUGUUGUCGCGAUUUUCUGCUGCUUUAAAAAUGUGUGACAGCGGCUUUCGGAGCCUAAAUAAAUUGAUUCAUUCUGAUGCUCUUCGCAG